UCUCAUCUCAAGGAACUUAGUAUAAAAUCUUGUUGGAACAUGAAGGAAAUUGUUGCAGAGGAGAAUGAAUCUAGCGUGAAUGCAGCUCCCAUAUUUGAGUUUAAUCAACUAACUACUUUACUGCUUUGGUACUUAGAAGAAUUCAAUGGUUUCUAUGCUGGAAAUCACACUCUGCUAUGUCCAUCUUUGAGGAAAGUUGAUGUUUGCAAAUGUACAAAGUUGAAUUUGUUUAGAACUCAUUCUACAAGAAGCUCCAAUUUUCAAGAUGACAAACACUCUGUUUUAAAGCAACAACCACUUUUCAUUGCUGAAGAGGUGAUUCCAAACUUGGAGAUGUUGAGGAUGGAACAGGCGGAUGCUGACAUGCUAUUGCAAACCCAAAACACAAGUGUCAUCUUUUGCAAAAUGACAUGGAUUGGCUUUAAUUGCUAUGACACUGAUGAUGCUAGCUUUCCUUAUUGGUUUCUUGAAAAUGUGCAUACUCUUGAGUCACUAUAUAUUGGGGGGAGUCGCUUCAAUAAGAUUUUCCAAGAUAAAGGAGAAAUAAGUGAGAUGACUCAUACACAAAUCAAAACACUGAAUUUGAACGAAUUACCUAAACUUCAACAUAUAUGUGAGGAAGGAUCUCAAAUUGACCCAGUUCUUGAGUUCCUUGAAUACUUACUUGUUGAUGGAUGUUCUAGUUUGAUAAAUUUGAUGCCUUCCUCUGUCACCCUUAAUCAUCUCACAAGGUUAGAGAUAAUAAAAUGCAAUGGGCUAAAAUAUUUGAUCACAACUCCUACUGCACGAAGUUUGGACAAGCUCAUUGUGCUGAAGAUAAAAGAUUGUAAUUCACUUGAAGAAGUAGUUAAUGGAGUAGAAAAUGUUGACAUUGCUUUUAUUAGUUUACAAAUUUUGAUUUUGGAAUGUUUGCCAAGCCUCAUCAAGUUUUGCUCUGGUGAGUGUUUCAUGAAGUUUCCGUUGUUGGAGAAAGUAAUUGUGGGGGAAUGUCCUCGCAUGAAGAUUUUUUCUGCCAGAGACACAAGCACACCAAUUCUUCGAAAAGUUAAAAUUGCAGAAAAUGAUUCAGAAUGGCAUUGGAAAGGAAACUUAAACGAUACAAUAUACAACAUGUUUGAAGAUAAGGUGGGAUUUGGUGGUUUCAAGCAUUUAAAACUAUCUGAAUUUCCCGAGUUAAAAGAGUUCUGGUAUGGUCAACUUGAGCAUAACGCAUUUAGGAGUUUGAAGCAUCUAGUGGUUCAUAAAUGUGGUUUUUUAUCCGAUGUGCUCUUUCAACCUAACUUGCUAGAAGUACUGAUGAACCUGGAAGAAUUAGAUGUGGAGGAUUGUAAUUCAUUAGAAGCAGUUUUUGAUUUGAAAGAUGAAUUUUCCAAAGAAAUUGUUGUGCAGAAUUCUAGUCAACUGAAGAAAUUAAAACUAUCUAAUCUUCCAAAACUGAGGCAUGUAUGGAAGGAGGAUCCACAUAACACUAUGAGGUUUCAAAAUUUAAGUGAUGUAUCCGUUGUGGGAUGCAAUAGCUUGAUAAGCCUCUUUCCACUUUCAGUAGCUAGAGAUGUGAUGCAACUUCAAAAUCUUCAAGUAAUUAAAUGUGGGAUUCAAGAAAUCGUUGCCAGGGAAGAUGGACCAGAUGAGAUGGUUAAAUUUGUGUUUCCUCAUUUGACAUUCAUUAAACUUCAUUAUUUGACCAAACUGAAGGCAUUCUUUGUUGGGGUCCAUUCUCUUCAAUGCAAAUCAUUGAAAACAAUUCAUUUGUUUGGAUGUCCAAAAAUAGAGCUAUUUAAGGCAGAGACUUUGAGACACCAAGAAAGUUCCAGAAAUGAUGUGCUCAAUAUCUCAACAUAUCAACCUCUUUUUGAGAUUGAAGAGGUACUUGCCAAUGUGGAGAAUUUAGAUUUGAACGACAAAGAUUUUGGCAUGAUAUUGCAGAGCCAAUAUUCAGGGGUUCAAUUCAACAACAUCAAACACAUUACCGUGUGUGAGUUCUACAAUGAAGAAACUACUUUUCCAUAUUGGUUCUUGAAAAAUGUUCCUAAUUGUGCAAGCUUGUUGGUCCAGUGGAGUUCCUUCACAGAGAUAUUUCAAGGUGAAGAAACCAUAAGAACGGAAAAGGAAACUCAAAUUAACCCGCAACUCAAACGGUUGGAAUUGUGGCAACUGAGCAAGCUUCAAUGUAUAUGCAAAGAAGGAUUUCAGAUGGACCCCGUUCUACAGUUUCUUGAAAGCAUUGAUGUUUCUCAGUGUUCCAGUCUGACAAAGUUGGUUCCAUCCUCUGUUAGCUUUAGUUAUUUGACCUAUUUGGAGGUAACAAACUGCAAUGGGUUGAUAAAUUUGAUAACACACUCAACAGCCACGAGUCUUGUCAAACUCACAACAAUGAAGAUUAAAAUGUGUAAUUGGCUUGAGGAUAUAGUGAACGGUAAAGAAGAUGAGAUAAAUGAUAUUGUAUUUUGCAGUUUACAAACUCUAGAACUAAUUUCUUUACAAAGGCUAUGUCGAUUUUGUUCAUGCCCAUGCCCCAUUAAGUUUCCGUUGCUGGAAGUUGUAGUUGUCAAAGAAUGUCCUCGAAUGAAACUUUUUUCAUUGGGAGUUACCAACACAACAAUUCUUCAAAAUGUACAAACUAAUGAAGGAAAUCAUUGGGAGGGUGACCUCAACAGAACCAUAAAGAAAAUGUUUUGUGAUAAGGUUGCAUUUUGUAAAUUCAAGUACUUAGCCUUAUCUGACUAUCCUGAGCUAAAGGAUGUGUGGUAUGGCCAACUUCACUGCAAUGUGUUCUGCAAUUUGAAACAUCUUCUCGUGGAAAGGUGUGAUUUUUUAUCACAUGUACUUUUUCCAUCAAAUGUAAUGCAAGUGCUACAGACAUUGGAAGAACUAGAAGUAAAAGAUUGCGAUUCAUUAGAAGCAGUGUUUGAUGUGAAAGGUAUGAAGUCACAAGAAAUAUUUAUAAAAGAAAACACUCAAUUGAAAAGAUUGACUUUGUCUACUUUACCCAAAUUGAAGCAUAUAUGGAAUGAGGAUCCUCAUGAAAUUAUCAGCUUUGGAAACUUACACAAGGUGGAUGUUUCUAUGUGUCAAAGCUUGUUAUAUGUCUUUCCAUAUUCACUAUGCCCAGAUCUUGGACAUCUUGAAAUGCUUGAGAUAAGUUCUUGCGGAGUCAAGGAAAUUGUUGCAAUGGAAGAAACUGUAUCAAUGGAAAUUCAAUUUAAUUUCCCCCAAUUGAAAAUCAUGGCACUGCGGCUUUUGUCAAAUCUCAAGAGUUUCUAUCAAGGAAAGCAUACUUUAGAUUGCCCUUCAUUGAAGACUUUGAAUGUAUAUCGUUGUGAAGCAUUGAGAAUGUUUUCUUUCAACAAUUCAGACUUGCAACAACCUUACUCGGUUGAUGAAAACCAGGACAUGCUAUUCCAACAACCCCUGUUUUGUAUUGAAAAGUUGAGCCUAAACCUGGAGGAAUUGGCAGUAAAUGGCAAAGAUAUGUUGGGGAUAUUGAAUGGUUAUGUUCAAGAAAAUAUCUUUCAUAAAGUCAAAUUUCUUCGUUUACAAUGCUUCGAUGAAACUCCAACUAUUCUUCUGAAUGAUUUCCAUACAAUAUUUCCUAAUGUUGAAACAUUUCAAGUGCGUAAUAGUUCUUUUGAAACAUUGUUCACCACUAAAGGAACCACAAGUUAUCUCAGUAUGCAAACGUCAAAUCAAAUAAGAAAGUUGUGGCUUUUUGAAUUGGACAAGCUCAAGCACAUCUGGCAGGAAGACUUUCCAUUGGAUCAUCCUCUGUUACAAUAUCUUGAAGAGUUACGUGUAGUGAAUUGUCCAAGUUUGAUAAGCUUGGUACCAUCAUCGACAUCUUUCACAAAUUUAACCCAUUUAAAAGUGGACAACUGCAAAGAGUUGAUCUAUUUGAUAAAAAUUUCAACAGCUAAAAGUCUAGUUCAACUCAAAGCAUUAAACAUAAUUAAUUGUGAGAAGAUGUUGGAUGUCGUGAAGAUUGACGAUGAUAAAGCAGAGGAAAACAUCGUAUUUGAAAACUUGGAAUACUUGGAAUUUACUUCGUUGUCAAAUUUGAGAAGCUUCUGCUAUGGGAAACAAACAUUCAUAUUCCCAUCUUUGCUCAGUUUCAUCGUUAAAGGAUGCCCUCAAAUGAAGAUCUUCUCAUGUGCACUGACAGUAGCACCGUGCCUCACAUCAAUUAAGGUGGAAGAAGAAAACAUGCGAUGGAAAGGUGAUCUUAACACAACUAUUGAACAAAUGUUCAUAGAAAAGGAAGUCCCACUUUCUAAUUAAUAUAUUGAAUGAUGAGACCAUCAUCUAUCCUCACAAUUGCAAGGAUGACGCGCAGGCGCAAGAAACAUGUGAGAAGUAGUGCCAAGGAGCUAUUUAUAUUCGUGUUUGGAAGACUUUCUUUUAUUUUAUAUUUACGUUGUUAUUUGAUUGGCUUGCAUGUCAAGUACCUUGUAUUGGAAUUUUACUCUCAUUGCUCCGUUGGGUGACGUCGAGGGAUUCUUUUAUUAUGUUACCUAUUUGUUUAAUUACCAAAUUCAACUAUGACAUUUUGGGGGGUGUUUCUAUGUGUUUGAUGGAACACUCUUUUUAUUUCGAAAAAUUGAACAUUUUUAUAUGGACAAAUGGUAUGCAUGCUAUGUCCUAAGCCUAUGUGCUAGUGUUUUGUGAAA